AUGAUAAUGCACUCUUUGCUCGUUGUCUCUGCCCUCGCAGGCUCUACGCUUGCCUUUUCUGGUCAUCACACUUUCUCCAACUCGACCGUCCCCUCUCACCACUCGUCCACUUAUACUCUGCUUCCCACAGGCGGAGGUGGUGGUAAGCCUACUCACACCGGUGGCAAUGGCAAUGGCACUGGUCAUCCUCAGCCUACAACGACGGUCGUCCCUGGCGGCGACUCUGGAUCUGUCUCCACCGUCACUGAGACCAUCACCAAGACGACGUUCAAGCCCUGCUCGACUCCCAUUCACACCCAGAGCGGUACCACCUACUACAGCACGUGGUUGACGACCUCUACCUACGAGACAACCACCUGCUACACCACCCACGUUCCACCAGCUACUGCAGCCCCGGGUGUUCCUCCCCAGACCACAACCGUCAGCCUGCCCGGCCCAGGAAACAGCUGCCCUCCUCCAUCCACAGUCACCGUAACCGUCACUGUAGGCAGCGGCGGCAGCGGCGGGAAUACAGGGACGCCCACCCAGGCACCAGCACCCGGUGGAGGCAGCGGAAGUGGUCCCGGUACUGGUACUGGCUCCGGACACUGCAAGCACUGCGAGACCAUCACCUACACCAACACCUACGGCUACACGACCACUAUCGUGAUUCCCCCGAUUUCUGAACCCACGAGCACUGCUACCACGCAUACCACGGACACGGGAACGACUACCAAGCCGGCGCCCCCUGUUGGGACGGGUACUGCCCCCAGUCACAGUCAUACUCGGGGAUCACCAACUGGCACUGGCGGUGGACAGGCGCCUACUGAGACGAAGACGUGGCAUUUUGAGAGGAGGAUGGUGAGGGUGUAG